UCUGGAUCCGGAGGGCCGCCAUCGCCGCGGGGACACCGCCCCGUCCGCGGGGACACCUCCCCUUCCUCGGGGACACCUCCCCUUCCUCGGGGACACCGGCAGCACCCCGUCCGUGGGGACACCUUCCCCGCCGCGGGGACACCGCCCCUUCCGCCUCCGGCCGCGCGGGCCGGGCUGAGGCGGCACCGGCGGCUCGGGGGGAGCGGCAGCUCCGCGGGUGCGGGUACGGUGCGAGGGAGGAGGUGCCGGGCACCUUUGGGGGGUUCUCCCAUGGCCAAGCCGGGACACUCCUGGAGCCGUGCGCCAGCGGGGAAGGAGGAGGAUGAGGAUGAGGAGGGUGAGGACCCCCUGGAUGCCAGGAUCGCCCGGACGGGCUGCCUGGAGCAGCACCGGGACCUGCAGGAGUGCAUGGAACAGCACCGGGAUUGGCGGCACUGCCAGACACAGCUCCGGGCAUUCGGAGCCUGCAUGGCCCGUCGGGAACAGCGGGAACAGGGACAGAGCCGGGCACACCCUGCACAGUGACACCACCCGGGACCCCCAGGAAUGGGGGAGCUGUGCCUUUCACCCCCCUUUUUUUGCGUGAUUUUUUUUUUUUUUACCCAAGUGCCGGGAAAUCCACGUGGGAAAUUAAAUCUGGGAAUUUAAUCCUCUUCA